AUGGCUGGAACGAUCAUGAGCAGAAACCGCAAUCUUCUCAUCAGGGCCACGUUCCCAGCAGCCGUUGGGAUCACGGCUGGGUGGAUGUUGAUCCCUGUGACCAUGCGAAACACAAGCGAACUGAUCUGGCAGUAUGAGAAGAGAGUGCCUGCUAUUGCUGAUACGCAUUUGACUAUUAGGGGAGCAGCCAUAGAGGCAUACGGCAAGUUGCGGGAAAGUACCCGAAGCACAGUCGAGUGGGCCGAUAAGACAGCGGUUGACACAAGGAAGAAGGUAGAAGAUCUCGUUGGCGAAGGCAAAUGA